GUAAUCGCUUGACACUACGAGUUAAAGCGAUUGCGUGUCUGACUCUUGAGUGUCUUCUGCUUUAAGUUACUCAAGUUGUAUCGAAAGCAAAAGUUUUCUCGUCAUUCAAAUUUUCUUUAAGUAGAAACUACGUUAUAAUAGCAUCGACUUUAAAAGUCUAAUGUGCUCAGCAUAGAUAGAACUUUGGACUUUGAAAUGGCCUUGAAUUUAGGCGAUAUCGACUCGUGUAUCCAAGAUUUGAUCGAUUUAACUGAAGACUACAAACAGCUUGAAGCAACUCAUAAGGAUUACACAGUUCAAUUAGAACAACUGUCAGAACUACAGACAAAAUGUGUAAAAAAUUUGAGUCAUCAAAGAUACCGACUAGGGAUUAUCAAGUCAACACUAAAAAAGAUUAAGCCAAAGGAUGAAUCUGAAAAAGAAAAAUUUGAACUUCUCAAUAAAGAUUUAAUGAGGAGACAGGCUCAGUUGAAUGAGAUGGAAGAAUCUCUACCUAAGAAGAGUGGAACAUACCUCAAAAUCAUUCUAGGAUCAGUCAAUGUAUCAUUUCUCAAUAAGCAAGAAAGAUUCAAGUACAAAGAUGAUUAUGAAAAGUUUAAACUUGCUCUGAGUGCUAUAGCAAUGGGCCUAUCUGUCACAAAUCUUAUUGCCAAUUUGAGGAUCUUAGAUUUGGCAUUUGUUUUCCUUAUGGUGUGGUACUAUUGCACUUUGACCAUCCGCGAAUCAAUAUUGCGAGUAAAUGGUUCCCGAAUCAAAGGAUGGUGGAGAGCUCACCAUUUCAUUUCGACUGCGUUAUCCGCUGUUUUACUCACAUGGCCCGACUCCACCACGUAUCACCUAUUUCGUCAUCAGCUCAUGUGGUUCUACGUCUACAUCAGUUUCGUACAGUAUCUUCAAUUUAGAUACCAGCAAGGAUGUCUCUAUCGCUUGAAAGCUUUGGGUGAACGCCACGAUAUGGAUAUAACCAUUGAGGGUUUCCAUUCAUGGAUGUGGCGAGGACUUAGCUUUUUGCUUCCAUUUCUCUAUCUAGGCUAUUUCUAUCAACUGUACAAUGCUUGGGCCUUGUACCAACUUAGUUUCCAUCCGGGUAGUGAAUGGCAGAUUCCAGUCCUUUCUUUCCUUUUCCUGAUUCUCUUUUUGGGUAACACUUUGACUACAUCUAUGGUGAUUCCACAGAAACUCAGAGACAAAGUUCGGCUCAAGUACCGCUUUACUCGUCUCGACAAGUAUUUUUCCACUUAUACAAAGGGUGGCAGGCGAUAUACUUUGUCUGAUCGUUCACGAUCAAAUGAAAGUCAGGAUGCUAGCCAAGGGACGGAAAUGACUGAAGAGGAAGUUGCUUCAUCUAAAAUGAAAACUAAAAGUUUUGAGGAUGAAAAAGACCAAUGAUUGAAAGUGAUGUAACGACAAGAAAAUUUCGCCUGAGAGACUGUCGACUGAUCGGAUAGUUCACUAUUUUAGACCGACACUAAAUCACAUCAUCAUUAAAAGAUUAUUUUUUCGUUUUCUUUUGUUAGGGAUGGUCGCUUGUUCCAUUCAGUGUUUUUCCUUUUAUUGGAAGCAUUAAAAAAUUGGAUUGCACAAGUUCAAUCUCAAUGAAAUUAA